AUGACUUGUCUCCAUCACAAAUUCAUUGCUUGCCAACGAGCCCUGGAUUUUGAACUAGACACCAUUCUUUCCCAACGCCCAGAUCUCGACAAACAACUCUCCAACCUCCACAAAUCCCGGAAGCUCCUUGAGAUCGUCAAGGCCGAUUCCGACCACAUGCUCUCCAACGUCCGCUCCACAUACAAUCUUGCCGAUCAAGUCAGCGGCAAAUUUCGCCAACUUGAUCUCGCUCAGUCCUGCGUUAAUGACACUCUUCUCUGCAUCGACGCCAUCGUAGAGAGAGACCUUCCUCCAGAUCAUGCCAAAUACAGAGAUUCUGGUUUGGAUCAAAGAGAACUGUUGCUAGCAUCGAAGAAACAGCUGCAAGGAAUUGUCAGGAAGAGGUUAUCGAUUGUUGUGGAUCAGCUAAACCACCCAGUGAUCCUUCGCGUCAUUAGAUUAUACUCUCCUCUCGGUUUGGAGGAAGAAGGAUUGCAAGUGUACAUAAGUUAUUUGAAGAAAGUAAUUUUGAUGAGAUCUAGGCUCGAAUUCAAGCAAUUGGUGGAAUCGAUGGAGUAA